AUGGGAUUCAAGUUCGGGUUUGAGGACGACGAGCGAGAUACGUCCGCUGCGGAAGACGCGUUUGACGCGGCGACCGAAAUUGUUGCUCCGCGUGUGCACGAUAUCAGCCAUUUUCUGGAGCUGAUGACCGGCACGCGGAUCUCGUACGAACACAUCGACUUCCCAGGCUCGCUGGUUCGUCGUGAGUUUUUCGAUGUGCGUCACCAGCUGAUGAGCGAGGAUGCCGAGUCAGACGAACUGCAGUUCCUGAUAGGUUCCACGGCCGAAGACGUCCGGAACGGGGUCUACGAGGGAGGACUCAAGUCCUGGGAGUGCUGCUACGAUCUGAUGCAAAGACUGCAAGAGGUCGACCUUGCGGGCUACAAAUCGUUCCUGGAGCUUGGCUGUGGGACCAGUUUGCCGAGCUUGCUGGUUUUCCAGAGCCUGCUGCGACGCAAGCAAACUCACGUCAAUCUCAUCCUUACAGAUUUUAAUUACGAGGUGUUACGGCUGGUGAGUGUUCCGAACCUAUUUCUGACGUGGUGUCUCACAAGUCUUUCCAAGGAGGAGUUGGAGCAACUGCAACAGCGGCCAGAUGUGGAGGGAAACGUCCGGGACGGCGAGAUCGACGUGACGCCAGAGCUGGUAGCCAGGUUCAAGAAUGCGCUGCGCGAACAGCACGUCGCCAUAUCGCUGAUCAGUGGGUCCUGGGGCCGCCAGAUGAUGACCCAGAUAAACGCCCUGGCGCAGUCCCCCACGCUGAUGGUCUCCUCAGAAACCAUCUACUCUCCACAGCACUUGCCAGUGGUGGCACAGAUGGUGUCGGAGACAGUGCGGCACGAGGGCUCUGUGGCGCUCGUGGCGGCUAAGGACAUCUACUUUGGCGUGGGCGGGUCGCUCACGGAGUUCCUGGCGUGCCUCGAUAAAAAGCCGGUGGAGUAUUCUGUUGAGAAAAUAAAUGCCGGCCUGCAACGCAGCUUGGUUAGGGUGCACAAAAAAAUAUAG